AUGAACCUCUGGAUCCAUGCCCAGGAGAGACUUCAGAUCUUCACUGAAUCAGCUUUCAUCUCCUCCACAAUGCUGCUGUUUCCUGGUUGGCAAUACAAGGCUUGCUCCACUACUCCCCUUUCCUCAAUUGUUAUGCUGGUGAUAUACUGCAGGGUUUCCCAAACUCGGUCCUGGGGCCCCCCCUGGGUGCACGUUUUGUUUUUUGCCCAAGCACUACAGAGCAGAUUCAAAUAAACAAAGCUUGAUGAUGAAUCAGCUGUGUAUUCUAGGGCAAAAACCGAACCAUGAAACCACGGGGGGGCCCCAGGAACCGAGUUUGGGAAAGCCUGAUAUACUGUACUGUAAGACACACUAUUGUCUUUAAGUAAUGUGCUAAAGACUGGUAGAGUCAUUAUAUUAAUUCACAGAUACUCAGUUAACAAAGUGAAAUCUAUCAACAAAAAUAAUUGGCAAAUAGAAACAGACACAGUACGUCUUAUUGAUUUGUAGUUUGGCUGGGAAAACACCCUAACUUCAUCAUUUCACUUGAGUGAACCCAUGUAUACACCACCAUCACUCUGCUGGAGCUAUUCAACCACAAAUCCUAACGUGAGAGUUACGCUAAUAUUGUCGUUAGCGUUUCCUUAUUGAUGUACUAUACAGCGAUAUGAAGCUGUGAGUAUUUCUCUAUGACCAAAUUAUCCUUCACUGACCUGACUGUGACCUCUCAUAUACUUUCUGUUUCGGCGUUCCCAUGGACUUUGCCUUUUUCUUCCCACUGUAUGCCGCAUUGAUUCCAAUUACCAGCAGUGACAUUCCCACAACUUGUUUCACAUGUGACAGAUCACACAGACAGACAACGAGACUCUGCACCCCUCCUCUCCUCCUCCUUCCCUCCAUCCUGCUCUUUGUCUUGACUGUCUCCCACGCGGGCCAGCUGUUUGGACCGGUUUAAAUGUCGCCUCACAAUGCGUUCUGGGAGCCCAGCCGCCAGGCACUGUCGGGCCAAGCACUCUCUCUCUCUCAUUUCUCUAUCCCUCUCUCUCCCUGAACCGCCACUCAUUAGCAUACACUCUGUUCUGAUUGGCCGUCCGGACAGAAGCUGUGUUGCUCGUUGUUCCACAGCUCGGCGAUUCUGAGGCAAGGCUGACACUUUGUCUGCUGCUGUUGUGCAUGGCUUGGCCGAGCUGCUUGGAUUGUGCUGAGACGACUGGAGACGACUAGGCUUAAGGAAAAACUAAGAUAAAAUAACCCCCCCCACACACACACUUCCUUAUCCCCCCACGUCAAAAUAUCUGGUCACUCAGCGAGUCUACUAUCUCAUUAAUACCAAGCGUCUGUCUUCCCCACUCCUAUUGGGAGGUUAAGCCCUGUCGAGAAGGCAUCAAAGCUCUCCUCAGAAAGCGGCUCGUAUCAUAGAGCUAAACAAUCUGCUUUGAUUGGAUUUUUAUCCUGUCUUAUUAACUCUCAGACCAGGGAGCCAAAGCCAAAGGCAUGAUGCUAAUUGCCAAAACAAACUGAAAACGCUCCGUGGAUCAACACUGACAUCCGGUCCUGCUUACGUUUGGGUUGUUGUACUGCAGUAAAGUAUUAUGACAUUUGAUAGGGAUGUUUUCUUUUAGGCAAUUUAGUUGACCUCCCUCUGUACCUCUAUUUGACCUGGUUGUGAAUUAGUUCAACUAGAUGAGACUUUUCUUGUUUGUACAAGUCUUAAAAGUCCUAAAGAAGUCCAAAAGCCUAAAAGCGUUGGUUCUACUUUUAACAAUAAAGAAGCUUUUUUUAUUGAAUUCCAUUGUCCUCCAAAAGUUGCUGAAUCUCCUCUCUGUUUAUCACGUUUACCUGAAUUUGAGUAUGAUUCACUCGACUGGACUACUAUUACUACUACUAUUGCAGUCAUUACUAUCACUAUAACUUCCACUACAAUAACAAAACACCUGAAGCAAUCACACAGAAACUGUAUCUCGUCUUGUUCCUUAUUUCUGUCUCUUUCCCUGUCUUUCAGAUGGCUCAUCUACACUGUGUCUUUCGUCUGUGUGGGAGCUCCCAGCCCAGCUCCAGGACCUGUACAAGCAGGGUUUCUCCCUGGUUGCCGUUCACCCCUUCAUUCAUCCCUGUGGUCCCGACACAGUCAGCCCCCAGCACCAGCUCUACAGGGCCGUGCUGAUCCGACUCGAUGAUGGGUACGAAUACAUACACAUUUCAUUUAUUCAGAGCACCUACAUUGACACAAUUAGCAUAAGCCUUAUCCAGGGUCAAUAGAUUUGUGUUUACGUAAUCUUUGUCAUUACGUAAUCUGUACAGCAAAUACAAAUGUAUAUUACUACAUGGAUGUAGACACUGGAAUGCAAUGCUUCAUGUUGACAGCUGUAUUUUGGUAUUACAGAGGUUGUUUUGGGCUAGCUGUCACAGGGCUGUUGUUUUGGACGUUAGCAAGCAAAUAAUCUCUUUCCAAGCUUUUGAUGCUCCGGCCAACAUGUGGAAUGGCCCAAAGUCACAGCUGCCCCCCACAUCUGCCUUCCACCCGGGCCCCUGUCAGUGUCGCGAGCCAUGGGUGAAUGUCAGCUUGGAUCAGGGCAUGGUUUUACUCAAAGUGUAUGUGAAGGGCAUGGCGGGGUGGUGCUGGUGGUGGUGGUUUCCGGCUGAAGCCCUGGCUGGCCUCGCGUGCCCCGUGUUCUACCAGCUGGCUGUUAUGAAGGACAGCGGUUUCAUGCGUGUUUACUCAGAGUGUUAGGCCACAUACAGGUCUCUGGGAAUGACUGCCUGUGUGAAGUAGAACCAGACACUCACUAGUCACUUUCCCCACAGAGAGGUUAGAGGGGCAGCAUUUGAACCUCUCACCCUCCCCUCUUAACAAUGUUUUAUAGCCUGGUCUGUUCUCUCUCGUGGAUCCAGAGCCCUGGGGUCAGACAGUGACGCCAGACUCCAUAAAUCCCCGGACUCUCCCCUCGUUGAUAAAUGAUCCAGGAAUUCACCUCAAGAUUCUUAAAUAAGUAAUUCCAAAUAACAAAUAAUUCCUGCACAUUCCUCAGUAUAUUAGGGUUUGGCUUGUUGUUCUUGUUUUGCACUUCCUGGUUGCCUAGUGUUGUCUUGAAAGGACAAACCAUUUGGCUGGUACAGGUGGAGGGUUUAGUUAGUUGUAAAGCACAACAAUCCAUCCACCCAUGGCUCUUGCCUUCUUUAUAAAGAGCCUGUGCCCAUUAAUGAGCUCCUAGGGUCUAGGGAAAUGUAUCACACCUCUCUCCCACUGUCGCCACAUAAAAACCACACACAAACAAGUUCCAGACCCUAAUCCUAUGCUGGGAGCACAUACAUAUUGAUUCUGUAUGAAAAGGGAUGGAUGAAUGGGCAGCAGCAUGGGGUUUUUACACACAGACAUGGUUGCCUUCCUCUGGAGGAAAACAUUGAAUAUGAGCAGAGGAAUAGAAAGCAGUAGAGAGAGAAAACAAGAUCACAGCUGGAGUGUGAAAGAGAGAAAGGGGAAAGGGCUGCCAUCCUUUGAUGGCUCCGGCCAAACCAUCCUGCUUUAUCUCAGCGUCUGUCACCGUGGAGACGGCUGCUCGCAUCAGCACCAGCCCUGGGGGGAUAAAAGAGAAAGAACAAAAAAAAUCUACCGGGGAGCAUCUUCCUCUCCUAUUCCCUUGUCAGUCCCUUGAAUCAGGGAGAGAAAACUGCAGAUGAAAGCACGACAGCGCAACCAUUCAUCAGACCCAAAAGAGUCUUUUUCUUUCUGCGUUGCGCUAUGCGUCAGCUGGAGACAGACAGAGGGAGAGACAGACAGAGGGAGAGAGAUAGUGUGUGUGUGUGUGUGCUAGAAGGAACAGGGACCAGAACAAGAACAGCAGCUAGGCUAUGCCUAGCAGCAGCUGGCUGUGCUGUGUUUAGUAUGCACACAAUGUCUAUUUGGAUACAAUCCCAGCCAAUUUUCUACAGUAUUAGCUUCAAUUGUAAAGCCUCAGUGAACAAGGAUAUAGCUGCACAGUAGGGUGACAUUGCAAAAGCUUCUAGAGCCAGGAAUUACAUAGGGGCAGGUAGCCUACAUAGAGCUGGGUGCCAUUAUUGUUAAUGUUGAACACUGUCACCUGGAAUGACUUUUGUAUAAUUUCAGCCAGUAGUUUUGAAAGUGCCACUCAUGAGCCAAAAGUGGUCCCUUUUUUUGUGUAUUAUGUCAUCAAAUUGUGUACUACAGUACGUCAUCCAUUUUGUAUGAUAUGUUAUGUCCUGCAAAUAUUGUUGUUUUUGCAGUGAUAUGUUUUCAAUCCAAUUUGUACUAUACAUUUCCGAAUUUGUUGUGCUUAAUAUCCUGGAGUGCAUCUUUAAGUAGGCGAUAACUUUAAAAGCCUGUAGUCUCUUUGACUGUGAUUUGUCGCUGUUGACCGUGGUAACCUGCGCAAAUCGGCAGAACAGAGAGAAUGGAUAGGACCAUUUUAAUUUUCAAAUGUCAACUGUCAAAUUUCCCAAUGUUAAAUUAGGUUGCGGCAUAGCGGGGUUACAGUUCAGCAGGCGGUGUCUGAUGGGAUAUAUUCAUCAUCUAUUGGAUAAUUGUAGCAUUCACAUGCGCUCGGGGAGAGAGCUGUAUGGACCAGAAACCAUUAGAGGAGAUUCGUCCAAUGAAAUUAUUCAUGACUCUGUGAAAAGCUGACAUUAGAAAAAUAUGUGCUAUAUUAUUAAAGGCCAGGGAUGAAAGAUUGCUAAACACAGGUUCGAUGGUGGAUCCCGACCGAGCCGUUGUCAUGGAGAUUGUGAUUUUUGGAAUUGCGAUUUUGGCGCCCAAUGUGAGGGCUUCUGGGUUUAAAGCUACAUUCUGGGAUUCAAAAAACUUCAACACGCCCCAACAUAUCAAUAAUUUAAAUAACCAUUCCCAGAUUCCAAAUCCCAGACUGUGCCUUUAAUACUCCCUGUGGUCCGGGAUACAGAACCUUGAACGGUUGAACCUGACUGACAGUGCAGCUGAAUAAAUAGCAGCAGCAGUCUGCAGAGAGAGUGGGAAGUCUGGCAGACGUAUACCCAGGAGGAGGCUGCAGUCAGGCCGGCUGCAGGCUGGAGCCAGGCAUGCGUUUGACACUUACUGUAGCCACACGUGGCCUGGCAGAAGACAGCAGAACUGUGGGGCUGAAUGCAAGUUACUUGUUUCACACCGAGAAGAUGGACUGCAGGUGAUGGGGCUAUUUUUAAAGAAGUCCGUGCCUCUAGAGAGGCAAUGGGACACUUUUUGAACGCACUUUUCUCCCACUUUGUCCUUUAUGGAUUUGAGCCCUCCUCAAGUAUAUAGAUCCAGUCUGCUUUUCAUGAUUUCCAAUAACAGAACGUGGAAAACGAAUAGCAAGAAUUCAGCGGUUUUCCUUUACAUUGAGGCUUCACAGUGCUGUGAAUUGCACAGUAAGUUUCCAAAAACCUCUACAUGAUUCAGAGCAUCCACUGUGCAGAUUUUCCUUGACAUAGUUUGCUACUGACAUUUGAUCUGGGAUAAGUUGAAUAAUGAUGGGUGACUGGUGUGACAGUGACGUCUGACUUCUGUGGGGUGUUGUUGACUGUGAGAGAUGACUCAGGUUCCCGCUGUGCUGUGAAGUCUGUGUGACUGAGAGAGAGAGUUAGGCCUGGGCUGCAUGUGAUAAUGUUUAAAGUCUCCUUACACACACACACACACACACACACACACAUGCAGGUACAUACUGUAGAUACACACACACACGCUGUGGUGAGGGUGGAGGGGCCCCAUCCGUGUUGUCAACAGGAUGAGAAGAGAAGCAGAGUGAUGGAAGCUGGGACAUUGGCCUCCUCCAGGGCUAGCUGUGGGAUUUCCUCCAGAGAAAAUAGAAAAAUACAGACCCAUAUCAAUAGAUUCCGUCCACCCACAAUACUGAUAAGUGGAUAAACAAGACAAGAUUUGUAUUGCAUUGAGUUUCCUAUCGCACCCUAAUGUGCCCCUUUCAAUCCUGAUUUGUGUCUAACUUAAGUGCUUCUUUUUUUUUUUUUUCUGUCAUACAGGCCAACAAUUACAUUAAACACGGCUCAUAUGUGAUUUAUUAAUAUGGAUGGGCAUAAAUCCCUUGCACAAAUCCAUAAAUACUUUAUUUUCAAGGAUUUCUCUGUGCCACCAUUUCAGAUAUGUAUUACAGAAUGUGGUGUAUGUCUGUAUUGUCUGACUGAAAUGACUGUGGCUGAAAUGUGUUGUUCCUCUCUCUCCCGCUGUGUGGCUGCUACUGCAGGUUGGAGAAGAGCCAGUCAAGCUGUGCUCCCUACCGUCUGCAGCUGGAACAGUGUCUGUCUGCCGACCAGGUGCCCACCCCAGAGCUCAUCCAGGGCUACCUCAAGAAGGUGAGCCUCAGAUAAGGCCCUGUGACACUAUUGAGACGAGCUGAGCCAAGCCAAGCUGUACUGAGCUGGGCUGGUUAGUGGUUAGGCAUCCACAACUGUGCUGAAAAGGACAUCCGACGUGAACGAAAAUAUUAAGCCAGCACAGUUUUGUUCGGGUGGCAUGAUAGUGUGAAAAGGGUAUAGUGGACUCAGAUCACGGACACAACAGACCAUCCUCUAGGUCCUAGAGGCCCUGUGGGCAAAAACAAUCUAUUUUCUGUUGGGUUUCAUCUCGACUCGAUUUCCACAGCUAGUCCUUAGUUUUAAUGAAACAUUGGGGAGUGGAAAUGGGUUAUCAAUUCAGCCGGCCAGUCGCCUGAGGACCAGAGUUUCAUUCUGACCUUCAAACUCUCGGCUCCUGGAGCACUCUCUCUACUAUCUGGAAAAUAGGAAAUAUGUAGCCUAUGUAGAACUGGAAAAUGUAAGUCUUUACAGAGGGCUGCUCUCAUUCUGCAGUGAAGACAUGUUAGCACUAAUCACUCUCAAGCAAGCUGAUGUCCAUAACCAUAUCAUAUACUGAGAUAUCACAGAUAAAAGCAAAGAGGCUUGUAAUCAUAAAUAGCAAUGUAACAGAAACAUAUGAUGUUUACCUGUUUCUCUGACCUGAGCAUGUGCAAUAUACCAUAGUGUGAUUUUCCAUUCAAUGCGGACCAUUUCAAAGGCUAUCCAUUACCUUCACACCUGAGUUAACUCACAUUAACACACACACACACACAGUAGAAAUGAUCCCUCUCCCUCAUUGACUGGCAACAUUACCCUCAAAUGAGAUACAAUAUUUUCAUCUUGGCAAUUCCAUUUUGCAAUUUCGCUGGGAAUAAAAAUGUGCAAGGGCUGAGCGAACGUUCAAUAGAUAUUAAACAAUGCAGCUAGGAAACGAUGUGACUAUUUUACAAUUUCAUUCAUAGAGGAUCACCUGUGACAUGGCGCCUAUGCUGAUUUGAUUUGGAUUCUCCUGGUCCCCGGCUGCAGAUAGCAGAAUGUGCUGCCUCUGGCUGGAUCUUAUGACAGAAUGUGAAUGGAGAAUGGCAUCAUUAACAUUGCUUGACAGUUAGCAUUUCAAUUUCAUUUGAUGGAAUAUCCAAAUAUUGACAUAAAAUGCCAGAUGACAAUGAAAUGGGAAAAGCAAUGCUUGAUUUGGGUUGCAGUCCUGCCAGGGCUGGAGCCAUUGCAAUCCAAUCAACUCUAGUUCAAUUUGAAUGGCUGAUGCUGGGAAGAGGGGUGGAGGGAGGGAGGGUGGCUCUAUAAUUACAUGCAAAUACCAGGUAUGUAAACAGUUCCCCUGGAAUCCAUUUGGUUGACAAAAUAGGGAGUAAAUGAGGGAAAUUCAGGGGGGAAAAUAGCUAUGGUUCUACAAUGGCACGACCUAGCAAUGUGUGCUUAUGUUCUAGGUUGUGUUUCAAGGUUAUCACAAAUGUUUUUGAAAGUCCAUUGAGCACUAGCUAAAACUUUGAUCUUACUCAUGAUUAGCCAACAUGAUCUUAAUUGACAGUCCAUCAUAACAGAGCAUACAGUGUUAAAGAUUGUUAUUAUUAAAUAGUAAUAGUAAAAGUCAGGUCGUCCACGGAUCUCUCUAAGGUUGUUGUUUGUUAUCUGUCUCUCCAGCAGAUCCAGGAUGCUGCAGACCAGGGGGUCAUGUUUGUGGGCUUCAUCCAGGAGCCGUGUGGAGUACGAGGUACCCAGACCAGAGAACCAGAGACGCCCUCCCUCUCCCUCCACUCCAGCCCCAGCUCUGUGCUUGGCUCCCUGAGCAGCCGAAGCCCCACUAGCCCCCGGAUCCAUGGAGAACCAGAAGCCCAGGAGCAGGCGAUGGACACUGGGGCCGAUGAGGGCCAAGGCUCCUUAUGUAAGGGUGGGGAGGGGGAGGGCCAGACUGGGAACACUGGGGAGAGUGAGACUACUGUGGAGGAAAGCAACCAUGAUGGGAGGUCCUCUCUUCCCAUAACACCAUCCACAGAGAGCGAGCAAGAUCACGAUCAGGAUCUUAUAGUGGAAGACACACUGACACACAACAAUAACAAGACGAACACCAUAGAACUGAAGGAGAAACCAAGCCAUCACACUCAGAGAGCCAAUGGUGAGUAUUGUCAGAUUUACAUUCGUUACUAUGUAAUUGGAUUCAUAUACAGUAUGCCAGGCAAGAUUCAACUUGAAACAGCAUAAAUGGUUCUUCAAUUUCCUCACACUGUGGUGCAGCAUAAAGUUGGCUUAAAUUAGCAUAUUUCAGCAUUUUAGAAUACCAGAUGGACAGCUCUUCUCUCUUUUUUUCUCUCUCCCUCUCUCACACAUUCUCUUUCAACCCCAGUUGGAAAACGUGCUCAUAAAAUGUGCAUGUGUGUUGAAUGCACCCCUCUGUGUGUGUGUGCAUGCGUGUGCCCAUACAUGCUUGGCUCCCUAUAGACACAGCACCCUGGUCCAUCUGGACCUCCCUCCAGUGCGUAUUGCAGUGAGAUAAUCCCCAACUGACUCGUCCUCCCCCCCUACCUCACUCAGCCUUAUCCCUCCUCCUUCAUCCCCAAACCACCAUAGUCCACACCACCACAACAGCAUAGCCACCAUGUGCCAAGUGCCCUUGUCCUCUUCGCUAAUGCGCUCUCUGCUGAGAUUGACUCAAAGUCUCAGUUCUGGGUGGCUUUGCCCCCAUAAUCCUCCUGAUUCCAGAGCUGGAGGUGUACAGUAAACAACAGCAGAAUGUGGAACAGGGAACAGGGUCACAAGCCAAACAUCAGAAGUGAAACUGGGACUGACCAGAAUUGAAACCGACAUGCUCUAAAAUUGCAUCAAAGAGUGUUGAGGUGAUUGAAACUAGUGCUGAGAACAUUCCUGUGGGAUCACAGGUGUGAGAGGAGGAAGUGAUAGUAUGAAAAAGGCAGAGAUUGGACAAACAUCACAAUGGUCACACACAUCAUUAUUGGCAUUACCUCUUAGAAAUUAAGCAGUAUGAAGCUAACCACUCUCCAACUAAAAAUCAUGUUGCAGAGAAAGCUUGCCUACAUGUUGGUUUGAGCAUUCAUUUAUUAUGAAAUGUUAGUCCUGAUUAAAUCAGUGUUGAGGAGGGUGGAUUAGCACAACAGAUGCUGUCAUGUUCAACAGUGGUUCUGUACAGUCCACGUUAUCAGUUAGGGUUAUGGGGCCUGACCUUAUCACUUGAACGGGCACCCAUCUGACCUUAAAGGGACCCAUUUGGAAUGUUGUAAUUGCGUUCAUGCGCUCAUUUACUCGUUAGUCGUACAUUUUCUCAAAUGAUUGGACCACACAAGGUAACGUCUCAUAGCAGGUCUGUCAUCUGAUCUCUUUCAUGUGACUGCGGCGUGGCAGGUCUUCAUAGCCGAUACACCCUACUGUGUGUUAUCACCAUCCUAAUCUCAGGGCAAGUCAAGGGCAAUCCUAAAAUAUUUGUUUAACUUUGAUGCCCAUGAUGCUAAAAUUGUUGAGUCAGUUGCAUUUUGAAGUGGUUAUUAUGUGGGAAUGAUCUGAUAUGUAUGGAUCCCUGGAUUAUUGUAUUGCCUCUACUGUAGCUCAGACUUAACCUUGCAUACAAAGCUAGCUGUCAAAUGGAAAUAACAUAUGCUACAAAUUGUUAUAAAUGUUGUAAUAGCAUGUAUGUUAUACAUUUUGCCACGAUUAUCUUAUAUUUAAAUGCAUUACCAUUGAGUUGUCUGGUUUAGUCGGAUGCAUUAGUGCAAGGUUUUAUGCUAUGCAUAAAUGAUGAACGGUCUGUGACACAUAGCAGACACAGAGCAUUUAGUGGAAUGAUGAAGCUAGCAGUUCCUCAAAACCGAUGGCCUUGAACAAGUAAACAUCAACUUUAAUAUUAUGUGAAAGCCUCAUUUAAAUUCACUCUUUUGGGGGAAAACAAACUGAAACAUUAAGAUUAGUGGAGAGACUUUGUUGUAUUGACUUAGCUUAGUUUUCAAUAAGUUUGUAGUUUCUCUAACGUAUGCAGGGAGAGUUGUAAUGCAUUAUUGUGAUUCAGUUGUGAUUCUGGAGCUUUGAAGAGUGGAAAACGACAAGAUUUGGAGGCCAGCUGUCACAUCAGUCAGACGUGGCAGAAAGGAAAUGGUUAUAAAUGAUUCAUUCUUCCUGGGUGUCUGACUGACUGACUGACUGACAGACAGAAAACCAGAGCAACUGAACCAUGGUCCCCUCUGAUGCACUCUGUGUGUGUGUGGGUAUGUGUGUGCCUGUGUGGGUGUGUGUGUGUGUGUGUGUGUGUGCGCGCCUGUGUCUUUUGUGAGUCUUCGUGUGUGGGAGUCUAACACAUUCUGGCCCUCCAUCUGGUUCACAUGGGAAUGGCAGAUAUUUGCAUUAAAAAUAGAAGAUAAUGCUUGAUUUAAAUGGCUGCUGCCAAAACAAAAGUCCAUCCAAAUUUGUAUGCAUUGGUCCAUAUUAAAGGAGGACCAUUUCAAUUGAGGCACAAGCCUUUGGUAGGGGAUUGUGGAAAAAUAUGAGUAAAGUCUGUUAUGUGUUAUUAAUCACCUAUGUUACAGGGUAUGAGUCAACUCUGUUAAGUGUUAUAAAUCACCUCUGUUAGAGGCUAUCAACUCUGUCACGUUAUAAAUCUCUGUUGCAUGACAUGUUUCAUGUCAGCACAAUCUGUAGAGAUUGAGAUUGAGUGUUCUGUGUUUUCAGGGGUGGAUCUGCUAGCCCUGUUCAACCACCCAACUGACCGUGAGGGCCAACUGAAGUACUACACUGUGAAGGUACCGCUGAGGGUUCAACUCCGUGACGAGGGGGGCAAAGGGGUGGAGGCCAACUGGCUGGAUCACAUGACCCAGCACUUCAAUAACGGGGCCUCACUUGUUGAUGGAUACUUCCACCUGGGCAACGACAACGGUAAACAAACUAUCCAUGUUCACUUCAUGUUUUUACACACAUCACAUUUUUAUUUAACAUCUGUUCUGUUAUGGUAUAGUACUAGCAAAGUAGUUAUGGAAAAAUCCGCCUGGCAAACCUCUUAUUUUGUUCCACAUGAGUAAAUAAUGUAAAACUUUUUUUUUUUUUAAGACGACAAGGCAAGUUAUUACUUAGCUAUUGCGAAAAUGUCUCCAUAUCCUGUCCCCUUUCAAACUGUUCAGUCUGUAAUGUUGUUGUUGUUCUGAUAGUGUGCUGUACUACUCCUCUACAGCACAUUGCACUCUACGUCUAGACCCUGGGGCAUGCCACUUAAUCCUGAUGGUGACGAAAACCCCCAGUUUAAGUAAAUAAGAGUCAUAAUUCAUUAAUCUCCUAAAGUGAACGCAUCAGCGCCUCUGAACACAGAUAAUUAACCUGAUGGCAAAUGAGUGCCUCCUUGAAUAUUUUAUCUCUUUAGAAUGUGGUAAUGGACCACGUUAUUAUAAUUCCUUUUUUCUAUUAGGUUAUUGUAAAAUAUUUAGCAUUUUUAUGUGUGGUUAAGAUAUGCAUCUUUUAUUACAGAAUGAGUGUAUUAUAAAAAUAAAUAUAGGCUAGGCCGUGUUCUGUAUUGCUCUGGAAAUGUCAGCUCUCUAUCAGAAAUAGCUUGUCAAGUAUACUGUAAAGGGAACAGCCUGCCAAUGCAUGCCUGCCAAACCCUUUUAAAAACAAACAAGUUUGUCUUGGUGAACGUUGUGUUCGUGUGACCCUCUUGGGAACUGUGAACGGUAGGAUAUCAAAGCCACGGCAACAUCACGUGUUUGUUGCUAAUUACAUCAAACGGAGGAGCGUCUGGUUUUAACAAGCCUGAGAACCCAUGGCCAUGCAGACAACUCCAAAUUUAGCACCUCUUUGAGAUCCAUUUCUGAAUACAUUAGAGUAUGAGAAGAAACUCUUCUCCCUGACGCUUGAGACCAUGUACUCUCUAUAAACAUCAAGGGCAUUCUGGAAUGUGAAGCACCACAAUAAAAGAUGUAGCGUGUCAGUGGCGAUGACACUCAGUUUGAUUGGAGAUUAUAAUGACAGUCACAGCAGAGCACCAGAAGUGCACAAUAAGUAUUUCUGAUUGUCAUCCUGUCAUCUGUCUCGGAUGUAGUGCAAUAAAACGGUGUACUAAUACUCUGCAAUGUCCUCUUAUGCCUUGUUUUUUUUAUGUCUCUUUUGUUGUUUUCUGAAAGAGGUCUUGUUGUUGAGGUCUUCCUCUGAACUGUUUGGUAGUGCACCUACUUUCCCAAUCUUCUCCCACUUUGCAUGACAUCAUAGGCCUACCAAAGUAACUGCCAGUGGAAUAACUUAUGUAUGUAACAACCCUAAAACAAGCCAAGCAAAUGUGGUUACCGGUAGGCAGUUAACCCUUUAGGUUUUCUUUGAAAACAGAAUUAACAAUGAUAAGAACUAUGUAACUCCCUGUACCCUUCUAGUUACAGAGGAAUCAUCUCUCUGCCAUGUAAAGUUUCCCGCCAUUGUUCUGUACUUGUUUACUCCUAUAGUCCUACGCCUCUUCGAAUACAUAUUCAUGAAUUCCCCCUGCUCGGCUGGCCUUUUGAUAAACCCGGCGCUACCUCCCGAUUGUGGCUGGCUGUCGACACACAUACUGUCUCUCCUCCUGCUCCUCUGCCCUCGCCCCUGAAAAGAUGGGUUUCCAUGGUGAAGCUCACUGAGGAGGCGGAGAGGUGGGAGGGGGGCAUAAGUCCUGUUUAAUAUCCCGGCGUGGCUAGGUGGGAUGGAGCUGGGAGAAUGGUGGGAGUGGGUUCAGAGAGAAAGAGACCUCGCUGGCACGGAGGGUUGGAUAUUAGUUUGUUAUUGAAUUUGCAGAUUGUGGCAUUGGCAGGCAACUCCUGUGUAACGUUAACGGCCCCGCCACCUUGCGGCGUCAUGAGACAGGCAUUAAAGAUUCAUACCCAGCCCAGCGUGUCACAGCGCCCAUGCAUCCCCACAUGGCUACGCCGCGGCUGGAGUUCUGAGGGGGAGCGGUUUGUUUACUGGGGAGAUGACACUAAUGGCAUUGACUGGGAGUUUCUUUGUUACACUUAGCUUACGUUAUCUCCGCCGCGACAAUGAGGAUUUGUAGCCGCCGCUGUGAAACAUUUGAGCUAUUCAUAUGCAUGACAGCUAGCACAGUGCUUGGCUUUCUGUAUUCAGGCAAAGCCGGUGGAGAGAGAGAGAGUUCCCCAGAAGGUAUUACUUCACAGUGAAAAGAAUUGAUGAAAGUUGUGCUGGCAUUUUUCAUGGCCAAAGAUUGAUUGUGCAAUAGGGCUUGAAGGCCUGUGUGUGUGUGUACGCAUGCGUAUGUGCAUGACUGUGAGCAGUGGUGGAAAAAGUACCCAAUUGCCAUACUUGAGUAAAAGUCAAGAUACCUUAAUAGAAAAUGACUCAAGUAAAAGUGAAGGUCACCCAGUGAAAUACUUGCGAAAAAGUCUAAAAGUAUUGUUUUAAAUAUACGUAAGUAUCAAAACUAAAUGUAAUUGCUAAAAUAUACUUUAGUAUCAAUAGUAAAAGUAUAAAUCAAUUCAAAUUCCUUAUAUAAAGCAACCAGACGGCACGAUUUUCUUGUUAGUUUUUUUACGGAUAGCCAGCCGUACACUAACACUCAGACAUGAUUUACAAACAAAGCAUUUGUGUAUAGUGAGUCGGCCAGAUCAGAGGCAGGAGGGAUGACGAGGGAUCUUCUCUUGAUAAGUGUGUGAAUGGACCAUUUUCCUGUCCUGCUAAGAAUUCAAAAUGUAACGCAUGUGUAAUGAAUACUCAGGGAGAAAAAGGUGUAGAUUCCCGCGCAGAGUGCGGCAGGUGUUUAUUACGCCUUCCCAGAAGGCAGGAAUCGUGGUCACAGGCAGGCAAUGGUCAUACACAGGUAUGCAAACAGGCAGGAGAAUCAAAAACUAGGACUGAAGGCUAUAACUGGUUCUCACAAACGAGCUAGGAAAAAGCUUAGUAGAGUCAAAACGAACAAUACAAGGCACAAACAGAAUGAACUGAACUAAAUAAGGAGAUAAUGAGACCAGGUGAGGAAAUCAAUGAACAAAAAUGAAAGACAGGGCUACGUUCAAGAACACAAGGUUGACUAAGAAAAUAAAUACACAACCUUACAGCAUGGAGUAAAAAAUACAUUAUUUUCUUUAGGAAUGUAGUGGAGUAAAAGUUGUCAAAAAUAGAAAUAGUAAAGUACAGAUUCCCCAAAAAACUACUUAAGUAGUACUUUAAAGUAUUUGUACUUAAGUACUUUACACCACUGACUGUGAAUGUGAUUUUGGAUGUAUAUGCCUUUGUGUAAGGCAGGGUACAGUAUUCCUGUCAUAUUCCCCUAGCUACAACCAGAAGUCUGCCCGGUAACCACAGGUACGUGGCCCCCAGCCUCCAAACCUUUGGCUCAUAGGAGGAAAGCCCUGGCCAAUCCACACACAUUAGUAACCCCACUCUUUCUAUAUCACUCCUUCUCUCUCUGGAUUCCUGUCUGUCCUGUUUUAAAAUAUAGAUAAGCUUUCACAGCCCUGUCUUCUGUUCUCCCCGGCAGUGCUAAGCGCAUAUGUUUAAAUCAUGUCAGUAACAGACAUGACUUGGGGCAGGGUCAUUUGGUUGCUUCUGUGGUCAAUAGGACUUUAGAUUCCCCCCCUGUUUUUUACUCCUUUGUGUCUCUCCUCCAAAGUCUAUGUCAACCUAGCAUCAGUCACUUUGUCACUUAGUGCCUGUCUUCAGUCCACUCCCUGUCACUGGUUGUCAAUGGGCUCUAGUUAGGUUGUGCUUCGUGUCAGUCCGUGUCAAAUCACACCGUCAUUGCCUUUCAGUUCACUCUCUCUGUGUCAGAGAUAGUAUGUGCACUUCUCACUCAGUAUGUUCAACCUCAGGUGCCUGGAGGGGAUAGGCUAGUCAAUGAGAAUUCAUUGUCCCAUUGCAAAUGAACACAUUGUACAGUGCCUUGCAAAAGUAUUCAUCCCCCUUGGCGUUUUUCCUAUUUUGUUGCAUUACAACCUGUAAUUUAAAUGGAUUUUUAUUUGGAUUUCAUGUAAUGGACAUACACAAAAUAGUCAAAAUUGCUGAAGUGAAAUGAAAAAAAUAACUUGUUUCAAAAAAUUCUAAAAAAUAAAUAAUGGAAAAGUGGUGCGUACAUAUAUAUUCACCCCCUUUGCUAUGAAGACCCUAAAUAAGAUCUGGUGCAACCAAUUACCUUCAGAAGUCACAUAAUUAGUUAAAUAAAGUCCACCUGUGUGCAAUCUAAGUGUCACAUGAUCUCAGUAUAUAUACACCUGUUCUGAAAGGCCCCAGAGUCUGCAACACCACUAAGCAAGUGGCACCACCAAGCAAGCGGCACCUUGAAGACCAAGGAGCUCUCCAAACAGGUCAGGGACAAAGUUGUGGAGAAGUACAGAUCAGGGUUGGGUUAUAAAAAAAUAUCCGAAACUUUGAACAUCCCACGGAGCACCAUUAAAUCCAUUAUUAAAAAAUUGAAAGAAUAUGGCACCACAACAAACCUGCCAAGAGAGGGCCGCCCACCAAAACUCACGGAUCAGGCAAGGAGGGCAUUAAUCAGAGAGGCAACAAAGAGACCAAAGAUAACCCUGAAGGAGCUGCAAAGCUCCACAGCAGAGAUUGGAGUAUCUGUCCAUAGGAACACUUUAAGCCUUACACUCCACAGAGCUGGGCUUUACGGAAGAGUGGCCAGAAAAAAGCCAUUUCUUAAAUAAAUAAAAUAAGCAAACAUGCUAAAUACAGGGAAAUUCUUGAGGGAAACCUGUUUCAGUCUUCCAGAGAUUUGAGACUGGGACGGAGGUUCACCUUUCAGCAGGACAAUGACCCUAAGCAUACUGCUAAAGCAAAUCUUGAGUGGUUUAAGGGGAAACAUUUAAAUGUCUUGGAAUGGCCUAGUCAAAGCCCAGACCUCAAUCCAAUUGAGAAUCUGUGGUAUGACUUAAAGAUUGCUGUACACCAGCGGAACCCAUCCAACUUGAAGGAGCUGGAGCAGUUUUGCCUUGAAGAAUGGGCAAAAAUCCCAGUGGCUAGAUGUGCCAAGCUUAUAGAGACAUACCCCAAUAGACUUGCAGCUGUGAUUGCUGCAAAAGGUGGCUCUACAAAGUAUUGACUUUGGGGGGGUGAAUAGUUAUGCACGCUCAAGUUUCACAAUAAAAAAUAUUUUGCAUCUUCAAAGUGGUAGGCAUAUUGUGUAAAUCAAAUGAUACAAACCCCCCAAAAAUCCAUUUUAAUUCCAGGUUGUUGUCACACCCUGGCUCUGGGACUCAUUAUGUUGAGCCAGGGUGUGUGCAUUCUAUGUGUUCAUGUUCUAUGUUGGGUGUCUAGGUUGUCGAUGUCUAUGUUUGUAUGGAGUGACUCCCAAUCGGAGGUAACGAGUGUCAGCUGUCGGCUCGUUAUCUCUGAUUGGGAGCCAUAUUUAAACUGUGUGUCUUCACCUUGUGUUUGUGGGUUUUUGUUCCUUAGUCGGUCAGUGUAACCGUUGGACUUUACGAAUCGUGUUUUGUUUGUAUUUAGAUACUUUAAUUAAAUAAAGUCAUGUUUCUUUCACACGCUGCGCCUUGGUCUACUACUCCUUUUGAAGACGAUCGUGACAGAAAAACCCACCAUAAAAGGACCAAGCAGCGUGUCCAGGAGCAGGCAGCCUGGACAUGGGAGGCGCGCCGUAGAGAGGAGCAGCGGCGGCAAACGGGUCAAAGUUGGAAGGUCGAGAAGCAACCCCAAGAUAUUUUUAGGGGGGGGCACAGGGCAUGGACGACGUGGGUACUGGAGGCGAUAAGGGAGAGGGUGAGAGUAGAGGCACGGCGAGAGGAACUGUGUAGGCAGCUGAGGGAGCGGAGGGUUAUGAAGAAACCCAGUCCCGCUCCUCACACCAAGCAAGUGGUGUGCGUCACCAGUCCGGUCCGGCCCGUUCCUGCUCCCCGCACUAAGUUAAUGGUGCGCGUCGCCAGCCCAGCCCGGCCUGUCCCUGUUCCACGCACUAGACCUACGGUGCGCGUCGCCAGCCCGGUCCGGCCUGUUCCUGCCACCCGCACCAAGUCUACGGUGCGCGUCGCCAGCCCGACCCGGCCUGUUCCUGCCACUCGCACCAAACCUACGGUGCGCGUCGCCAGCCCGGUCCGGCCUGUUCCUGCCACCCGCACCAAGUCUACGGUGCGCGUCGCCAGCCCGACCCGGCCUGUUCCUGCCACUCGCACCAAACCUACGGUGCGCGUCGCCAGCCCGGUCCGGCCUGUUCCUGCCACCCGCACCAAGUCUACGGUGCGCGUCGCCAGCCCGACCCGGCCUGUUCCUGCCACUCGCACCAAACCUACGGUGCGCGUCGCCAGCCCGGUCCGGCCUGUUCCUGCCACUCGCACUAAGCCAGGGGUGCGAGAAGUCAGCCUGGUAAGGCCCGUUCCUCCUCCACGCACAAAGCCAGGGGUGCGAGUCGUCAGCCUGGUAAGGCCCGUUCCUCCUCCACGCACAAAGCCAGGGGUGCGAGUCGUCAGCCUGGUAAGGCCCGUUCCUCCUCCACGCACCAGGCCUACGGGGUGCGUCGUCAGCCCUGUCCGGCUCGUUCCUGCUCUCCGCACCAGGUCUGUGGUGCGCGUCGCCAGCCCAUUCCGGUCCAUUCCUGUUCCACGCACCAAGCCAGGGGCGCGUGUCGUCAGUCCGGCUCCGGCCAGCGGGGCUAGACAGGACCAGGGGUACUUUGGGGGGUGUAUCGGAGGGUGGUGGUCUAGGCCGGAGCCAGAACCGCCACCGAGGAGGUAUGCCCGCCCAGCCCUCCCCUGUUUUGUUUAGUUGAGGCGCGGUCGCAGUCCGCGCCUUUAGGGGGGGGUACUGUCACACCCUGGCUCUGGGACUCAUUAUGUUGAGCCAGGGUGUGUGCAUUCAAUGUGUUCAUGUUCUAUGUUGGGUGUCUAGGUUGUCGAUGUCUAUGUUUGUAUGGAGUGACUCCCAAUCGGAGGUAACGAGUGUCAGCUGUCGGCUCGUUAUCUCUGAUUGGGAGCCAUAUUUAAACUGUGUGUCUUCACCUUGUGUUUGUGGGUUUUUGUUCCUUAGUCGGUCAGUGUAACCGUUGGACUUUACGAAUCGUGUUUUGUUUGUAUUUAGAUACUUUAAUUAAAUAAAGUCAUGUUUCUUUCACACGCUGCGCCUUGGUCUACUACUCCUUUUGAAGACGAUCGUGACAGUUGUAAGUCAACAAAAUAGGAAAAAUGCCAAGGGGGGUGAAUACUUUCGCAAGCCAUUGUAUUUCCCUCCAAGCUUCUGUUUCACUCAAUACAUUGUCAGUCAAGACUCAACUCAAAAUGUUAUGCUGUUAUUUGUGUUGGCACUACAUAUCCCCCAAACCUCUCAACCCCACGGUGCCUCAGUGUCUGGCAGCAUCAGGCCAGGAGGCAGUGUGUUCCUCCUAAAGCAAAGAGACUCAAUCCCUGUGUGCAUCUCACCUGAGUGAUCCCAGUGCAUCGGCAGGGAACCAUCAGGCCAACCCAAUCUCCAAGAGGGCUUUCCAAUUACACGCCAAGCAGGGAGACGUCUGAUGAACGAUAGAUGAGGGGAAUGUAAAGGAGGGGUAGGGUGGAGGAAGGAGGGAGGGCGGGAGAGGGGGGAAUGAACAACGACAAUGUCUGUAUUUGAAAGGAGCCAAUACAUGUCUGAGAGAUGUCUUCAAUUGAGCGUGCCCAGCAGCCUUAAAUGGGUUUUCUGGGGGGGAAUAAAGGAGCCUGUCGUCCCUCCCUCUCCAACCGGCCCUUGUUCCCCCAUUAUUAGGACAGAGUAAUGAAAAGUGGAGUGUCUCAUGGUGGAGCCUGGGCCGUACAAACUCUAUUAGUGUGUAAAUGGUACAGGAGUAAUGAGAAAGCAUUCAGGCCAACUGAGAGCCCUGGUCUGAAGGGCCAGAGGUUCUAGCACACUGCUCAAUGGAAUCAAAAGACAUUCGGGAUGGAGAAGAAGCUCACCAGCUUGCCAAUUUUCCUAUCCCAAUAAUGCCCAAACUGUGAAUGUUACCCUUAUCCAUGGGGUUUAAAUUAAAUCGAGUCUAUAGAAAAGCUAUUUUAUGGUACCAUGGCCUUGUCUUGGUGUAUUAGUCCUUACAUGUAAAUAUCUACAAUAUGUAAAGCAUAUAAUUGUUUUUAGAUGAAUCGUGUUAUACUUCAACAAUCAGUCCAUACUGUCUGUCUGUUCAUCUAUAGUCUCUCCAAGCCUCUUCCCUGAAGGAAACAUUCUUCUCCCCCCCACCCUCUCUUCCUUCUCUCUUGUUCAGUCAUAGCUACAUAAUCCAUAUCUGGCCCUUGCUUAUACAAACGGUCCAUGCUGCAGCCCUGCCUGGUAAUAAAUGGCCCAGUGUGUGUGGGUUGCUGGUUGGCUGCGUAAUGUCAUUAACUUCCCUCUCAUCUUUGCAUGACCUCUCUCUCCAUUUUCUACAGAUUUGCAGCCUAAGUUGGUGGAAAGCGUCUUCAUCUUCCAAGAGGGGACGGAGGGCGGUGACCAGAGUGUGACCACCACGUAUGACGCCAUCGUUGUGGAGCAGUGGACUGUCAUUGAC